UACUGGCGAUUCGUCGUGGUUUAGGGUUUGCCUCAUCUUCGUUGGUGUCGGCUCCCUGCCAAUCUCGCCACCGGCCGUUCCACGUUUUGCUUAUAGAGAUUGUGAUGCCCAUAUAUUAUUUUCCGGGGAUAUAUUAUUAUUCCUCUCCCCUAUUCGAUGAGCAGAGAAACCUUAUCCAUGACCAAUUAGCGAUCAAUGGUGAUGUCUACAACAUAAUCAUGCUGAGAUCCAAUCAGCCGGUGGCGCCGCCACCGAGAGACGGUGACGUAAGACCAAAUCAGCAGGCGCCGCCGCUGGCGAGAGAAGAUGACAUAACACAAAAUCAACAUGCGCCGCCGUCAACAGACGAUGGCAUGUUCUCGUCCAUGGACAUGACGGAGUCCAUAGUUGUAUCAUCUGAGGAGGACGCGUCCUUGGGCGAAUCAUCUGAGGACGAGGAGGAGAUGGACUUCUCCGAGUACGAGGACGAGGACGAGGAGAUCGACGUCCUCGCGCCGGCGCCGCAGAUCUCCAGUGAGGCGGCUGCCUCCUACAGGCAGGCCGGACUAUUCCCGACGUCGAGCAAGGCCAUCCAGGGCCUGCGCGAGGUGUCGGCGGCCGAUGCAAAGAAGGACGAGUGUGCCACAUGCCUGCAGGAUUUCUUGGCGGACGACGAGCUCAGGAUGAUGCCCUGCUCCCACACCUUCCACCAGCGUUGCAUCUUCGACUGGAUCCGGCUCAACUGCAUUUGCCCGCUUUGCCGCCACAAGCUGCCCACACAGCACGAGGAUGACAUGCGUGAAAAUCCUUAGCAAUAAACAGAGUGGUGGUUUCUUACCAUCAAUGUAAGGCUAGUUUCUAUUAAAAGAGUAGCACUAGUCGCAUGCUAUUCAUAGUCUAUACUAAAUGCAGAGUCCGGUUAAAUGUAUCGAAGAAAUAGUGAGAAUUAAAUCAAAGUAUGUCAAGAGUCAAUGUUUGGUUCGCAAAGCCAAAUAAUAGUAAGAUGUUCUAUGGCUGCUUUGUUCUGUACUAGAUUAUUUCUCAAA